AUGGUUUAUCCUAGUUAUCCUCCCCAGCCUUCUGAAAAAGAGGAAUCUUUCAUUAAUGAUACAAUUAUUGACUGGUCUUUGGGAAAUGGCUUAGCUAUGCUGACGCCAGAAGGCAAAGGUGUAACUGCCGUUCACGCCCCAGUUACUGUUUACCCCUCUCCGUUUCCUAGAUCCGGGUUUGAAUCUGCUCUUAACGUUCAAACUACUUUUAACGAGCUCUAUGCUAAUGUAUCUGAUAACACUGAAUGGCUAACUGAGGCUUUGAAAGAUGUCACUGUUUUAGAUCAUGACUUUACCGGAAAACUUUAUGAAUCAUAUGUUAAGGCUAAGGAAAUUGGAAUUACUCAACCUUUAUCAUUAGGAAUAUUCAGAUCUGACUAUAUUGUUAACGAGGACGGAUCAAAGACCAAUGAAGAAGAUUCUGUUUCAAUCAAACAAGUCGAAUUUAACACGGUUUCUGUAUCUUUUGGAUCCCUUUCAUCAAAGGUGUCUCAGCUUCAUACUUAUCUUGCUGACUCUGACACUUAUGGACCUUCUGCAGAAUUUCUUAAAGGUAAGACUGCAAUUUCGAAAUCAAUUGAUGGCUUGGCCGACGGGUUGGCUGUAGCUUAUAAGGAGUAUGCCAAAAAUAACGUUUUGGUUUCGGGAUACAGCAAGCAAGUCGUUCUUUUUAUUGUCCAGCCUGGUGAACGGAAUGUUUUUGAUCAGCGACACAUUGAGUAUUCCUUAUACAAUAACUAUGGAAUUACCAGUUAUCGAGUCACCCUGGAUAACGUUCGCUUGGAAACUAAGCUUUUAGAAACAAAUGGUGUUCAAAAACUUAUUUACACUCCAACCAAUGCAGAGGUCUCUGUUGUGUACUACCGAUCAGGAUAUGCUCCUACAGAUUACCCCACUGAAGAAGAAUGGGAUGCUCGUGUUUAUCUUGAAACUUCUCACGCCAUCAAGUCUCCUACAUUGUUGACACAACUGUCUGGGGCUAAAAAGAUUCAGCAAAUUUUGACUGACAAGGAAACCAUUAGAAAAUUUUUACCUAAUUCUACACCUCAAAAUUUGGAACAACUUCUUGCUACCUUUGUUGAUUUAUAUCCAAUGGACACCUCGCCUAAUGGCCUAAUUGCUCGCAAGCUUGCCCAGGAACAACCAGAAAAAUUUGUGCUUAAGCCACAGAGAGAGGGUGGGGGCAAUAACGUAUACAAGGAAAAUAUCCCUGGGUUUUUAAAGACUCUUCCUGAAGAACAAUGGGGUGCUUAUAUUCUUAUGGAGCUUAUCAAGCCCCCCGAGUUUAAAAACAAGAUUCUUCGGGCUGGUGAGAUUUAUUUCGGUGGAGUCAUAUCCGAACUUGGUGUUUUCGGCACUAUUUUGUGGGACUCUUCUAACUCAAAGAUUCUUCAUAAUGAACAAGUGGGCUGGCUACUUCGAUCUAAACUACAAUCUAGCAAUGAAGGUGGUGUAGCUGCUGGUUUCGGAUGCAUCGAUAGCGUUUAUCUUUUUUAA